GAUAUCAUUCGUCUCUCAUUCGUCCACACAGCAAUAGUGCCGGUUUGAUGCGAUAGCAAAACAGAACUGGUGUGUUAGUUCAAGCGAUUUGCGAGCGAUGAAUUGAUGCUUUGCCAUUGAUGCUUCUGUUGCUGCGAGCGACAGAGUCCGUGUCAGUUAUCACUUUGAUUGUGAAAGCCGCGACAUCCGUAAUAUAGCUCUUGGAAUAUGUGAUCGCAUGUUGUUUGAGGAUAGUUGUCGCCAGUGCAUUAAUGUUAAUCUAAAUACCGAUUUCUUUGUUUCAUGUGGAGAUAUUGCCAGAGGCCUGAACGCAUGAGGAUUGGCUAUGGGUGAUUGUGAGAAUGGUGGAUAGAUGAGAAACCAUAGUGUUAGUUCAUAGACACGCUAGCAGAGACAGAAAUGGAUUUCACACGGAAUAUAUUCAUCGUGAUAGGAAUAUUAGUUAUUUUCGGUUACGGGGAGAUUUCGGCGAAGGAACGCCGAGAUGUUGUUGGCUGUGAACCGCACUGGCAUCAUUUCCACAAGGCCUGCUUCCACGUCAACAAGUCUAAGGAGACGUUCGACCAAGCUGAGAAGAGCUGUAGAGCAGUGGGGGGAAGCCUGGCCAGUAUUCACUCGAGUAGAGAGUUGGACUUUGUCGAAAAUAUUACAUUUUCACACCUGACGUCGGUAUGGGUAGGGCAACACAUGGUGAACUUCACAGUCAGGUGGACGGACAACACAACCCUAGACUUCCAGCCAGAUGGCCUAACAUAUCUUACUGCUGAGAAAGGCUGCAUGGUGUUGAAUGAGGACCCCAAGGGAUUCGCUAGGAUGGAUGCCACAAAUUGUUCACAGUACCUGCCGUUUGUGUGCAAGAAAUCAGCUGAUUCUAAAUGCAAAGAUGAAGACAUCGACUGGCUUAACGUGAAGGGGCGAAGUUUUCCAAAGCAUAACAUAAAGAAAAUAGACGAUGUGGAAAAUAUGGGGAAGUGUAAACGAAUUUGUUUAAGACAAUCAGAAUUCUCAUGUUUGUCCGUGAAUUAUCUCCGUGCCAAGAAAUAUUGUAUCCUUUCUUCCGAUACGAUGAAAUCCAGUGGAAUUGACCUCAUUCGUAGCCGACAGUUCACAUACGCCGAGUGGUCGUGUGGGGACCAGAAGGAUAAGGCGAAAGCAUUAGCGACACUCAGGCUAGGGAAUAUCAGAGCGUCAGACCAGGAGCAAGACAGCGAUGAUGAGCCCCCAGCAGCAACCGAGCCAGCACAACAAAAACCAAAGGAUGCCGUAUGUCCACAACACUACCAGUUCAUGGCCGGCGUGUGCAUCAGGGCAUCCUUCAAGGCCAUGACAUACUGGGACGCAAAGCAACACUGCGAGAAAGAGGGAGGGCGGAUGAGUAAUAUAUUGAGGAUGCAGGGGAUCCCGGACAUCGGGGGCGUCUACAGGGACCUCGACAGGAAGCUUCGGAAAGCGUCGCUGACUGAACACGCCUUCUGGCUCGGAGCAACAUGGUCGAAAUCGACCCAGUUGGUUUGGGCUGACCCGGAUGAAGUCCAGUCACCUAAUUGGUCGAGAGGAAAUCCCUCAUCUAAAUAUGAAUGCGUCAUUGUGACGGAAAAAGAGAAAUGGGAAACACGCCCGUGCGACUCGAGGUUUUCCUUCAUUUGUAAGAAGGAUGCAACUACUACGCGGGAAGAUGUCGAAUAUUUCACCUUGAAGGGUCUCUUCACCCAACUUGCCAAUCUGACGAACGCACAAAUGCCAGCCUGCCCGAGGGACUUCCCCCAGAAGAGACAUCACCGAUUCAUUCUCCCUCCGACUAACGGCUACCUGCAGAAUUACCGCUCAAGGACAGUUAUGUGUAAAAACAUUUACUCCGAAUACAGGGAGAAUAGCGUCUUUAUUGCUUCCAUUCGUGCAAGGCUUUGGAAGCAUCGAAAUGAUUCUGAUCCGAUUCCGAUUAUUGUUGGACCCAGUAUGAAGGGUCGGAGCCGGUACCGGCGGCAGGCCCAGGCGUGGAGGUUACUCAAGCCGGAUGUGUACUACCGUCAGACGGGCAUCCCUCUCCCUUGUCACCAUCUUAUCAACAAGACCAUUAUUCAUGGCUUAGGAUGGAGAAAUACUAACACAAUGCAGUACUCUUGGUCAGAGACUUUCACCUCCAAGACCUUCACCCAGCUACGAUGUAUGGAUGAGAAGCUUCUGCGGAAGAUCUUCCUCUCUGCUCGGGAUCUGACCAUCGGAGAGCUAAAAAGUCUGCCAAGUACAGUCUACAGGCUCUUUAGUCCCGAGUUCUACCGCCAACUAGACAUGGAACAUCGAUGGGCCUACUGCGCCGGCCUCUUGAUGAGCAAGCCAACGAGCCAUGAUGUCAAAUAUGCCAUUGAAGACAAGGACUGUCGAGAUAUUAUGACAUAUUCUAACAUGAGUCGUCUGCUCCCCGUCUCUGUCACAGCCAACGAGUACAUCAUGUCAUUGUUCUGUGACUACACAUGGAAGGAGAGGAAUGGAGCCUCAUGCCGACUCCAUGACAUCGAGGCAUACGAAUUUUGCUUCAAGAUCGGUGGAAUACGUUAUUACGAUCUCAGGCCGAAGUGUAUGUCCAAACAGUUUACUGCAAUUCUCAUGGAAAGAAUCAAAAGCGCCAUCUCAGCCAAAGGACAGCAUGACCGCCUCCAGGUCUACGCUGGUCAGAUUCUACUGGUGCAUGAUUUCGUGACGAGUUCUUCUCUCUUCUGCUUGCUCUUGGAUAACAUUGAUGAUAUCAGAGUGAGGAGGAGACUCCUGCAACUACCGAUGGCGAAAGACUGGAUUCUCGAAUGUGAGGUCCCUUCCAAUCUCCGAGGAAGCUGCUCCCAAUCCUUCAAUGGCUUUGAUGACCCACGAGUUCAACGGGUUGCCAUAAAGGGGUUAGCCAAAGUCAAAAAGCCACUCAGUUAUAGAACAACUCGUGUCAUCCUUGCCCUGUGUGCACGUGCGGACUGCCCGGAUGACGUCCUAGAUCUGCUUGAUCCAGCAACGGCGUUUCAGAAUAUGGACGCAUGUCGUCCGGCCGGUUGUUGGACAGACCCCACUGUUGGAGCUAAGGUUGCUGGUAUACUAAGACUUGUGCGAAGCUACAUCCGCCAUCGACCUCUGACCGUCCAUGACCUGUUAAAACUGAAAUGUGUCCUCCCUGGACUGGGCCGACACUUCCUGUUCAAGCAGAAGAGAGAACAGGUUGUGACAUUCGCAAUCAUGGCUCUACAGCACACUCCUCUCGACCGUCGAACGGCCAACCAACUUGCCAGGGUUGUUAUCUCCAGGGAGCAGCAUCGCCUGAUGACGAAGAAACCCAGCCCCAAUGCCCUCAACCAGAUCUACGACUAUUUCAAACCACUUGGCCGCCUCCUCCCGUAUGUAGACCCUGACCUCGUUGAUGAAAUGGACCCCGAUGUUUGUUCUAAGUUCCUGCCGGACUUAGCCCAGUGUACAGACAAGUGUGAUGCCAUCAGACCGGAGUGGUUCCUUGCUUGGAAAGAGAGGGCGAUGGCUGGCCGUGGUUGGUCCCUUCACGAAUGCCACGAAAUCAUCCAGAGUUGUAAUGGCGGAAAGUUCCUCUCCCCUGGUGACAUCUACGAGUGCGCCAAAGCAUUCCCGUCUUCCAUCUUUCAUAUAGAAAACAAGAAGUUCCUCAAUAGGCAUAUGUGUUAUGCUGUCUUGAACGUGCAAUCUCAGCGCUGGAAAGAACCGCUGGAAAAAUGGUCAGCCAAGGCGAUCAGGCAAGAGCUGGGACGGCUCAUUAUUGGUCUGCACCCCGAGAACAUCACAAGGAUCCUAGAAAGGGCCAUAGAGAGCGACCAAACACCUAAACCUAAGCAAACCAAAUCUGUGGAUGAUGAUGACUAUGCCGAGGACGAAUACAGGGGCAAGAAGGAUAUGCGGAGGCUGCGCAUUGGGAGAGUCAGGGGUAAAAGGAAUGUGGAGGAUGAGGAUGAAAGUGUGGAAACGAAGGAUGAGAAUGAGACUGCACUUGACUAUAUAUUACUGUUUGCAUCUUAUUUCCCACAGUUACGGAGUACUCAGCGUUAUGCGGUUAUGGAUGCACUGAAUGAUCUGGCAUUCUUUCUACCAAGCGACUUGGAUGAAAACUCAUUCCGAAUGAUCAGAAAAAUUGUGCUUAAUGAUAACACUGGCAGUUUAAUUCGCUCCAUCCUGAUGGCAAGUCGAGACAAACAGGAAACGAUCAAGAAAAUCUGCCGGGGCAUCAAGAUACCUUACAUCGAUAAAGAAUUCUUGGCUGAUAUUAUCAGUCUGUAUAAGAAAGCUGUGGGUACGACUAUGCUAGACAGAGAUGACGUCUUGGCACUGGACCAGUGUGCUUUUGGCCUGAACAUCAACGACCUACGGAGUCUGACAGACCGGGGCAUUCUAGAGAUGUGUUCCUCUGGUGUUCACUAUUACGACUGGGAUGAUGACACGAUGAGCCUGCUGGCGAAGAGGACAUUGGAUGCCUUGCAUGUCGAUGAUUUGACAGACAUGAAAAUGGAAGCAUUCAGAAACUGUUCCAGCGUCAUUACACUAAUCCCAGGCGAUGAUGUCAGGCUUAUUCGGAAUCUGAAACUCCGAUGCCAGGCAUUCUCCGUCCUAAAACAUGCCUACUGGUUACGCCGCACUACUCUUAGUACGCGGAUAGAGCGAGGAGAGAUAAAGCUAGAUGUCUCACCAGGCAGUGCUAUGUACUGGUAUAAGAAGUGGGAACCCAUCAGGAAGAUGUGGGAUGGCCACAUCGAGCAGGGCUGGGCGGCUUCGACCAACGCUUGCUCCAGGGUGAAGGAGGAGGCGCGCAGGAUGAAACGGAUGAAGAGACGACACCGACGCAGGAAGAGAUACAGGAGGGACGUGUUUGACCUCAAUCAAGAGAAAGGUUAUACCAUGUUCCAACCAAGGACAUGUGACGAUCUCCGUAAGCUGGGUGACGCUGUGGUGGAACAAGGGAAGCAGAUCUUUACAAGCUUGAAGAAACACGACUUCUCGGACUGCCUCGACUUUCUCGGUUCCAGGGAGGGAUACAGCAAGGAAUCCAUAGACCACUUGGCUAUGUUAGCUAAAAAGCACGGCGGUGAAACGUCUUCCUGGCACCCGCAAUUUACUCUUGAGCUCGGCUGCAUAUCACAAGGCCUGUCUGAGGAUGACCUACACCGCUUACCACUGAAUGAUUCUUUGGUGAUAGAGUCUUUGGGGUCGUUUGGUGGAUGGUCGCCCACACAGUUGAAGGCCAUACACCUCGCUUAUCUCCAAGCCAGUGGAAAGAAGUAUUCGACACUAACUGGCGGUGAUCUGACGAGGAUGAAGAAUCUCGUCUGCGGGAUUUCCCCAGACAAUAUCUUGUUGAUUAGCCCAAAGGUUUACAGGCAAGCAGCAGGAACCAUUGGAGAAGCAUCUUCGUGCACACUCGACCAACAAAGAGCUUUGGCACACUUGGCCAAGAAAUCAUUUGGUACUGACGUCACGAAGUGGCAGCAGGACACAAUUGGACGAGUCGGAUCUGUUAUCAGUGGGUUAUCAGAGGAAGACAUUCGCUCUUUAGAUCGUCAACAGAUUGAUGCCAUCUCUCCCAGAGUAAUUAGGAUCUUACCGCCAGAAAUCUUUCAUGCUUUCAGCGUGGAUCAAUUAAAAUGCUUUGACGGCGACCAGGCUCGGCAGAUCAGUGGGGAACAGUUACAAGCUCUGUCUAGGGAGAAGCGGAAAACUGUGGUGUCAUUAUCCUCAAGAAGAAAAGCAAAUAUUUAUAGCGGAAAUGACGACGAAAUGAUGAAUGAGAUGGAGCCCCUCAUUUCGAAUCUGGAUUAAUACAACUGUUGUGUGUAGCUUUGAUAUUCGUAACCUGGCGAAUAGGAUAGUUUGGAUUGUGGGUAUGGAUUAAGGUUGGGCAUUUCGUGGCGGCGUGGUUAGGAAAACCAGUGCACCAUGUACGUCAGAACUGUUAACACAGUCGUCUUCUAUUAGGCGAGGCAUUUGGAAGGAUGUCAUUGUCCUGUGUCUAUUGGUCACCGCUGCAUCAACCUUAUCUUCCGCGGUGAAAUAUUUUAUGAACAUAUCUAUAAGGUUGUCAGGACUAAUCAGUGACCGAUGCGCGGGUGACAUGGUUAUUGACUAAUAGAGUUACAAUGUCUGACACAGUGAGUAAAAAGGAUUUGUUCCAGGCACACCUACCAUUUACGAUAAAGCAGGGGAACAUAGCACGAUUGAUACAGCUGAGGUCUAUAAUAAACUGAAGCCGCAGGGAUGGGCAGUGCAUUUUACUGUCCGUUUCGCCAAAUAAGUAACGAGUCUGCAACUUAUUGUUCAUUUCAAAAAUAAAAUAACAUGCACGGUGCCUAAGACAGUUAUAGAGUUUGCUGGUGUACAGAAGAACGCUGACAGUGAUGAUAUUGGGCCUUUCACAGUGAACACCAUAAGUGAUACUUUGGCAGAUGCGAUGACAGACUCGUGAUUCGGCCAGUUGUAGGUAGAUAGAAACAAGUAAAUAUAAUCGCAUAUGUACAGUUUUGUGGCUUUGUGGAUAGCUGAGAUACUAUGAAGUGAAGAAGCUUUAACCAGUAAAAUGUAGAAAGACCCUCUCGCCAACUGUCAGUUGGUCGAGGAAGAAUUAGGAGGAAACUUUUUGAUGAGCGCAGUGUAUAACGCUUUUGGACUCUCUAAACGAAAGAUAGGCCUAUUGUACGCCAUGCUGCCCUUUAGGCAAACGGUUUGGGACCAAACCUGGUAUUGAGUGAAAAUGCACAAUAGCAAGUUUGGUCGUAAAUGUCAAAUAAGCAGACAAUUUGGAUGGGUCCAUGGCGUUGUUCACACUGUGAUGAAUGUCUAUACUCGGGAUGUGCAAAUAUGGAGAUUUAACUAGACACGUAUGAUGUAACUUUGUCAUUACCAGAGAUUGCUGGAAGAAUCAUACGUUACCAACUAAAUAUUGCAGGAUGGAUUGGUUCGAUUGCUAACGUGCAUCAAAUAGCAUCAAAUGAUUUAACAUUUUUAUCAUUUUUUCUCUUUUACGUUGCUGUUGCUUGAAACCCAUUACUCUCUGGACAAUAUGGCUCAUUGGCCACCAAAUGCCCAAUAGCCAGUCGGAGGCAGACAGUUACUGACAUUUCUAAAUAAAAUCUACUGUCGCAACGUAAUGAAACAAAAUAAAAGCACCUUGGGGAUUUUCAAAACAAUAUGUUUUGCACCGCUGUACUAAUGAACCCGCCAAUCAGUUUCAUGACUACCAGUCAACACUACCUGAAUAAACCAAUCAGAAAAAAGAGAGGCUCAGAAGAAUAAUUAACACAGAAUUAGUUAAGUUAAAAACCCAAUCAUCUUCAAAAUCCUUAUAUUCAGAGGUGUCUGCAAACAGCAUUCUCUUUUUAGACCGCCCGUCGCAUAACCAAUUCGGAGAUUGCAUUAAUCCUGGUUUAUCGGGUUGGAGCUCGUAGGGAAGUUCGCCAAUUUGAACUUAAAUCACAGUUGUGCAUCAUGACAAAUUUGUUGUGAUGCUCGUGGUGUUGACGUAUAUAAUCUGGAUGGCAAACCCAAGAUACUAAUUGGCGGGCUCAAUUAUUAAAUUUUGUAUAUACAUUGCUUGUUCAUAUAUCUAUUUUUCAUGUUUAAAUGUUAUGUUAUUGCGGCCAAUUGACGCAAAGUUGAACAUAGUGUCUCAAAAAUGUUUUAUAUGCAAGAUAUGUAUGUGAUUAUAUAUGUAUGUGUAGAUUUUAUCGGUUUAUGUAAAAGAUUAUUAAAAAUAAGCAA